AUGAAUGUUGACAGUCUUAAACUUAACUACGUUGUUUUCUCAUGCAACGUUGUUGAUGCACACCAAACAGAGCUUCAUAUCCCAUAUAAACUUCGUCAAGAGAAAGGCGAAAGUAUCGAUAAUGAUUUUUCUAACAAAGUCACAUCAACACGAUUUGUUGGUCGUGGUGGUGGUGCUAUUGGAUUCUCUUCUGAUGACAAGAAAGGAAAUCUCAUUAAUGGUGCUCAAACAUAUGAAAAGCGACAUUUUGAAACACAUCACUGUUGUUUCUACAAAGACACAUCAACAUACACCGGCCAAACAUUCGGUGAUGGUGCAGCACACGAGAUCUUAAUUGAUGGAUACACGGAAUUCAUUUCAUAUGAUGAUUACAUAUAUAACUUCAAUCCUAAUGAACUUCCAUCACAAUCAGUUUCACAAGUUGUUCGCACAUGGCUUGAAGACGUCACAAGUAUGGUUUUUCUUGGCAAUCGAUUCAACUCAGAUCCAAACACAAUUGAUCUUUGUUCAGGCAAAGAAGACAAAGAAUUGACAUAUCCAACAUCUAUUUCAUAUUCUUACGCGACUAUUUCUAACGUCGGUGAUAGCACAACAAGUAAUGUUGCAUCACCAACCGAAUACACAUAUGUUGCAACCGCUAUCACAAAACUUCCACAAAAGACAGCAAGCUCACAAACUAAAUAUAGUUCAGCUAAACUGAGGAUUGAUUCACCGACAAGUUAUUUCAAUCCAUCAUUUGUUUCAUUCACUAUCCCACCAGCAACACCACACAGCACAGCUCAUUCAACACCACAUUCAACAGCACAUUCAACACCACACAGCACUUUCCACUCUACACCACACUCAACAGCAUUUAGUACAGCACACUCAACUCCACAUUCUACAGUACAUUCCACUCCAUUUAGUACUGGCCACUCGACAUCACACAGUACAUUCCAUUCUACACCACAUUCCACAGCUCAUUCAACACCACAUAGUACAUUCCACAGUACUCCACAUUCUACUCCGCAUAUUACAUAUUACUUAACUCCAUAUAGUACUGUACAUUCUACAGCGCAUAGAACACCAUUUAGUACUUUCCAUUCAACUCCAUUUCAAACUGCUUUCUCAACACCAUUUAGUACAGCACAUUCAACAGCUCAUUCAACACCUCAUAGCACAUUCCACUCAACGCCUCAUAUUACAGUUUAUUCAACACCGUUUAGUACUAUGCAUUAUACUGCUCAUUCAACUCCAUUUAGCACUAUGCAUUCAACUGCUCAUUCAACACCGUUUAGCACUGCACACUCUACGCCAUCUUCAUCACGUAUUGGAACACCAUUUAUAACAGCUCAUUCUACCCCACAUUCUACAGCUCAUUCAACACCGCAUAGUACGUUCCACAGUACUCCACAUUCCACACCAUACAUAACAUUCCACUCUACACCACAUUCUACAGCACACUCAACUCCUCACAGCACUUUCCAUAUUACUCCGUUCAAGACAGCAUUUUCUACACCACACAGUACAGCUCAUUCAACAGCAUUUAGUACACCACACUCAACUCCACACAGUACAGCAUUUGUCACAGUAUUUUCUACACCACAUAUCACAGCACACAAAACUCCUUUCGACACAAUGUCAUCAACUCCAUUUAAUACAGCAUUCGAAACAGCUUAUUCUACACCAUUCAUCACAACACAUCAAGCACCAUACAACACAGUUCACAGAACACCCGAUUUAACAGUUGUUUCUAUUUCUAAAGAAGAACUAUCACCUACACCAGCUGCUACAUCCACUCUCAAUGCCGAAGGAAACACCACAACUAAGAAACGAAGUAUCUGGCCAAUCAUUGUUGGUGCUAUCUGCGGAUUACUUCUUCUUGCUCUUAUUAUUUUCUUCAUCAUUUAUAAGAAGAAGAAAGCCGAAGAUGCACCUCAAGAGAUUUCUGAAGAAUCAUUGAAGAGUGUAUCUGAAGACGAACAUAUGGAGACAUAUAUUGACACUAACAUUUUAGUAACUAAUGAAAAUCCAAUUUGGACUCAAUCAAUAGAAAAUGGAGAUGCAUUCGAUCUUGAUUUCGAAGAAAAAGAAUCAUUCGCUGGAAUUGAAGAUCAAUAUCAAGAGCAUUAA